AUGGCGAAGGGUAAUGCUGCAAUGACUGCUGCAGAGCUGUGCUACCUCCAGGAUACUCCAGUUCCUUAUUGGGCAAGCCUUGCGGAGGGUGUCUUCCAUGCCCAAUUCCCACCGGGGGGGGCCGGGUAUAACGUAAAGAAUGCCAUCAGCAAUGGUGGGCUAUUCCAGCUUUCUGCUCGCUUGGCGCGAUAUACCAGGAACCAAACCUACACCAACUGGGCGGUAUCCGUCGGCAUGGGAUGA